GGCGCGCUCUUUACUUGUCGUUCACUGCGAUCGCGUGGUGGUGGUGAUUUCAAUCAACCUGCAGACUGUACGUGAUUCAGUAGCGCGUAGCUUUGUAACGGGUACCGACACGACGAGUAUCGCAAUUUGCAAAAAACAUAUUUAGAAUUUGUUGAGUCUCUCCUCUUCAUUCGAUGCGUCCGACUUUGCUGGUGUGUGUCGCUGCGGCAGUUCGCUGCACGGCCGUUUGCCGCCUCGGUUCCACUGGCAGCAGCAGCAGCAGCAGCGGCGGGACAGGAGGUGGUUAUCGCUUCUUCGAGGAUAUGUACCCAAAGCACGACCCGGCACCUCGCUACGCCUACUAUGAAGAUCAACUGCAGAGCGCUUCGGUGAAGUCCCUCGAGCCAAGGAAGCAGUUGACGGAGUCGGAGAAGCUGCACCACCUACAUGACUGGAAGAAGGACAAGGAAGGCUUUACGCCGCCGCCGGAGUUUGGGUGGCCUGAGGAGUGGGGCCCGGAACCGGGCGAGGAGGGGCACAGUGAGUGGUACAAGAAAAAUCGCAUGUACAUGUCCUACGAGGAGAAGUCGCGGUACGAUCUACGCUCCGGGGUGCCGGUGGAGAAGAACUCGAUGCGGCAUCAGGAAAUGCCCUAUCAAAAGCGUAUGAAGGCGGCGUACGUAAACUUAGAGGAGAAAAACCCGCAGUACUUCGACCCGCGACAGCGCAAGUACUGGGCGGAGUACUCCUACGAGGAUCAGCGGGACACCAUGGCCAAGGCACGAGAUGAGUACCUGGAGGAGUGGCUGGAGCAGCCGGAGGUAACGAAGGAGAACGUGGCGAAGAAGAUCGGCGACUACAACGGCACCGCAAACAAGCAGACCAUAAAGUCGGUGCAGCGACGGCCAGAGUGGGAGCUGGCACCACGCCCAGAGUACGACGACGACUGA